GCCAUUAAAAAAGAAGAAGGCAAAUAAGACUUAGGUUAGAGUUAGGUCGCCAUUUUGUACGAUUGACGAUUAACGUCAAGCCUUUUGCUUCGUGUGCUUGUUAGCCGCUACAAAGGGACUCGGAAAUGAUCAACACACCUCUAAGCAAAGAUCAAGUUGUUCGACAGAGCGAAAGUACGAGGAGGAACUUUCUCGAACAAAAGACAACGAGCGACAACGUCAACUCUUGGACGCGGUUUUUAAGAAGCAACAAGUUGUGUUACACAGAGCAGCAGACAUCACCCUAAGCAGCUGGAGUGGAGCUCCAUGAUGGAGGAAAAGAAGCCACAGCCCCCCCACAUUAAAGAGGAAGAGGAGGAGCCCCAGCCCCCACACAUUAAAGAGGAAGAGGAGGAGCCCCAGGCCCCCCACAUUAAAGAAGAAGAGGAGGAUCACAGCAUCAGUCAGGACAAAGAGCAUCUUGAUGGCCUAGAGGAGUUCCAGGUGAUUCAUGUCAUUGUGAAGAGUGAAGAUGAUGAAGACAAAGGUGAAAGUGAGGAGAAGAGAGAGGUGGAGCCUCCGAGUAACAGCUCAACUCAACACAUGGCAACAGAAGCUGAUGGAGACCACUGUGGAGGAUCACAAGCAGACAACCUCUUAGCUCCACUAUCAGAUAGUGACGACACAACGUCACACUCUCCUGACACUGAUGAUGACGACUCUAAAGCUGAUAUGACAUGUCACACUGACAACACACACUUUAAAUGCUCUCAUUGUGACAAAACCUUUAAUUACCGUAGUAAUCUGAAAAGACACAUGAGACUACACACGGGAGAGAAAACAUUCACGUGCUCAGUGUGUAAUAAACGAUUCUCCUCAAAAGCAAAUUUGACAUCACACACAAAAAGACACACCGGAGAGAAACCUUUUACCUGUUCAGUGUGUGGUAUAGGUUUUGGACAUAACCAUAGUUUGAAAACACACAUGAGAAUACACACUGGAGAGAAACCUUUUACUUGUUCAGUUUGUGGUAUAGGUUUUGUACGAAAUCAGCAUUUGGUGGCACACAUGAGAAUACACACUGGAGAAAAACCUUUUACAUGUUCCGUGUGUGGGGUUGGUUUUGGACAGAAUAAUAAUUUGAAAAGACACAUGAGAAUACACACUGUUGAGAAACCCUUUGCCUGCUCAGUGUGUGGUAUCGGUUUUGUACAAAAUGGAUAUUUGAAAAUACACAUGAGAAUACACACUGGCGAAAAACCUUUUACCUGUUCAGUGUGUGGCGUUGGCUUUGGACAAAAUCAAAAUUUGAAAGCACACAUGAGAAUACACACUGGUGAGAAAGUGUUCAGUUGCAGAGUGUGUGAUGAACGAUUCUCUUAUAAGUACCAGCUUAACAAUCACAAGUGUGCAGGUGAGAACAACAGCAGUAAAUGAAUCCGCAGGACUUUAAAUAAAAUGUCACUUUGGAAAAAUAAAAAAGACGGAAACUAUGACUUUCUACUAUGACUACAACAUCACGCAUACAACGUGUGACAUCGUUGCUGCGUGUGUAACACAGUCUUGUAAAUAGGCUUCUACUGUUUAAAUGUGUUGGUGCCCUGUGAUUGGCUGCUGGCCAGUAGACGGUGUUGCCCGCCUCUCACCCCAAGUCAGCUGGGAUCACUGAUCUGUAUUAUAUAUCUGAAUAGCUCAUAUGUCGCACCCGCCCGUGCAAGCCGUUGAAACCAAAGAGACGCCAUCUUACCACUCACAUCUCGACUCCAUUGGCACAGCGUACAUAGUGUACAAAGCAGAUGAAGAGGCUGGCAGAACAUCUAUAUUUUAAAUUCAAAAGCGGGGAGAUUCUCCCAUUCCUUCAAGUAACGCAACCUUCGUCCCUUAACGAUUUGAUACGUUAUUCUCUAUCUUUUGGCGAUAUUAAAUGUACUUUUCCCCUUCCAAUUCUCAUUGCCUUUGGGACAAAAUUCUACUGUGCACCCUGGCUCAGCACUCCC